AUGUUUUAGAUUCCAUGCCUUCCUGGCCAUGAUAAUGUAGAUUUUUUUUGUGUUGAUGAAAAUUGCAAGGAUAACAGAUGUUAUUGUUUUAAUCAAUGUAUUAAGAAUGAUAAACAGCAUAAUCAUGAUUCUAAAUAUCUGUUUAAAAUAGACUAAUUACCUAAUUAUUUAAAUGACAUCAAUAAAUUAUUUUAAUAGAUUAUAAAAGAUUUAGAUAAAAAGUUUGAAGAUCUUUGUUAUUAAUUAAAAUAAUUAAAAAAACAUCUUUCAAUUGCAUUUGAAUGGAAGUUAGAUAAGUUAAAAUGUUUAAAGGGAAAUAAUAUCAAAAUUGCUUUGAACAAUUUGAUUAGGAUUAAAGAAUAUUAAAAUAGGUUAAAUAUGAUAUUAAAUGAAAAUGUUUAACUAUUAUCUCAAACACUCAAAGAAUGUAUUGUAGACUUAUAACUAAAAGAUGUAAUUCAUUAAAUUAUAAAGUAGAUGAAUGUUUUCUAAUUUUAUCAGUUGUAGGAUUGUAAUAUUAAUGAAAAGGAAAUAUGUAAUGCGAUAAAUGUAAAUUACGAUUUCUCAGUAAUUAUUUGUGCAUUUAAAAGCUUCAUCAAAAUUUAUGAAUUUAAACCGUAAUCUUUUUAAGAAAUAUAAAAAAUAAAUAUGGAUGAUGAUGUUGAAUAGUUAACUUUCAUUAAUCAAACAAAUAAAUUUAUCGUUUUCAGUUUAUAUGAUAGAGAAGGUUAAAUUUUUUCAAAAGUUUAAGAUUGUUGGAAAUGUUAAUAGACAAUUCGACCUCCAGUUUCCCUCGUUAUUCUUUUAUUUGGAAUUCACUACUAAAGGUCAUUAAUAAUGACCAACGAUGGAACUAUAAUUUUGUUCCUUUCCUCAAACUGCUCUAGCAAUGUAAUGAUUUUAAUAUAUAAAAAUCAUUCUUAUUAAGAGUGGAAACUUCUAAGUUUUGAAAGACUUUAGAUGAAGUCCUAUAUUUUUAAUACUGACAUGAAUGAAUCAGAGAAUUUAAUUAUUUUGAGCAAUAAAUAAAGUAUCUAGAUCAUUUAGAAAUAAAAUCAAGUAGUAAGAUUGGAUAAUAUACAGGUAAUUUAAACUUCAGAAAGCAAUCCUUAUGCCAAAUUUAUAAAGGAUAAUUAAUUUAUUUCUUCUGAACACUCUCAUUUGUGUAUCUAUAAAUAAAACAAUAACAAUUAAAUGUUUGAAAAAAUAAAAAAAGUAAAUUUAAAUUUUGGAAUGGAUUUAUCUGAUGGUAUCAGAAUUUUACAAUUUAAUAAAAUAAAAAAGUUCUUAUUAAUUUCUAUUAACUCGGUACUGCAUAUAAUUAGAAUUUGUGAUAAUGAAGAUUUGAAAAUUGAAUAUUGUGUUGAAGAUAGCAAUAAAUGUGGAAUGAUCAGUUAAAAUGGAAUAUAUUUAGUAACAUAAAACUAAGAAUAAAAAUAAAUUACAAUAAGGUAGCUUUAAGAAUGA